UCCUCGCGCACCCCUUUUCCCCUCUCUGAUCCAUUCCGUGCCCUUAAAAAAAACCCAAAAAAAUAAAAACCUCUCUUUCUUUCCCCCAAAGUCAUUUCUUUCUAUUCUCGAAUUAGGGUUAGGGUUUCUCCUCUCUCUCUCUCUCAACAUGGCGGAUGCUUUCGAUGACGAGAACGAGAACGAGCAGACUUAUACGAUGAACGAAUACAUGGAGAAACUCGAGGCGGAGGAGCUGGAGGCUGAUUUGGUACUUGGAGGGGACGAGGGCAAGGAGUGCACUUACCCUAACGGGUACAUGAAGAGGCAGGCGAUCUUUUCUUGCCUAACUUGUGUUCCCAAUGGCAGCGCUGGGGUUUGCACUGCUUGUAGCCUCGUAUGCCAUGAUGGCCACGAGAUGGUGGAACUGUGGACCAAGCGGAAGUUCAGGUGUGAUUGUGGGAAUUCAAAGUUUGGGGAGGUUAGCUGCAAGCUUUGUCCCAUCAAAGAUUCUGAAAAUGCUGAUAACUCUUAUAAUCAUAACUUCAAAGGAUCAUAUUGCACAUGUGGACGUCCUUAUCCUGACCCAGAAGCAGAAGAGCAGGUCGAAAUGAUACAGUGCUGCAUCUGUGAGGACUGGUUUCAUGAGAAUCACCUUGGUCUUGAUUCUGUCAAUGAGAUUCCAAGGGAUGAGGAAGAUGAACCUCUAUAUGACGAGUAUAUCUGUCAAGAAUGUUCACUGAAUUGUUCAUUCUUGGAUCUUUACCCUGCAUCUGUUUGGGCUACACCAAAGCAAAAGAACGAUACAGCACCAAGUGGUAAAGAAGAAAAUUCUCUGAAAACUGGGAAAUCGCCUUAUGCAUGUCCGGAGCAAAAUGUGAUCAACAGUUCAAGCAUCCAUUCUGAACAUGAAACUGCGUUAAUUGAGAAGGAUUCAGUACAUGGGGAAAAUAUGGAAAAGACUUCGGAUUUGGCAAUUCCAGAAGAGCAUUCCCUGGAUAGAGCUUCAAGUUUAAAAUGCAUUCUUGGAGUGGAUGUAAAUAUCAAAUCACAUGUCUUGGGAAAAAAGAUGUCCAUGUUUCUUUCUAAAGGUUGGAGGGAUCUUCUUUGUCGGUGCAGAACUUGUUAUGAGUUUUAUAGUGGAAAGGGUAUUGAUUAUUUAAUUGAUAAGGAGGACUCACUCCAGGAAUAUGAGAAAAUGGCAAAGGAGAAGAGGGAGGAGAAGUUGCAACAACAGGAAGGAGAUGCAAUGAAAUUCAUCAACACGCUCGAUCACGUCCGGAAGAUUGAGAUUAUGAGUGGCAUUAAUGACAUGGCAAAUGAGCUUAAGUCCUUUAUGGAAUCGGUUGGGACAUCAAGAACAAUCACUUCAGAUGACGUUCGAGGGGUCUUUGAAAAUCUUGCGAAAAAGAGGCAGAGGUUUCAGUAAGCUUCCACCCGACACCAAACCGCCUCUUUCCAGAUCCUCUUCGUCGAGCUAAUCUGCUGCAUCUUCUUUCGGAUCCGACUGUCAUUCAAGUCGUGAAAACAAUGAGCAAAGUUGUAUAGUUAACUCUUUAAGUUAAAAUUUCCCUGACCCUGACUUCGAUCCUUGCACCAUACUUUAAUUAUUAUGCAAGUUCUUAAGGAAAACCCGACAUCGUUUAUUGGAGUAGCUAGCAUGUAUGGUUUCAGUUAGGACUUUGUGGAAUCUGCUGUUUGUUUUCAGGUAUGCGCAUGUCGUGGUCAUUUGCCUUUCUGGUACGACUUCUAGUCUACAACGUCGGAGCUAUAACUGCAUGUUUUGGGCUUUGUAGCGCUUAAAGCAAAUAACAUUUACCUA